AUGGGUUCGCGCAACGAAGCCACCAGGGGGAGUCUCAAGGUGUGCCAUGGGUGUUCAUCAAGCACUAAGUGUGACUGCAGUGGGCAAAAGGGAGAAAAGGGUGAUCGAGGUUUCCCAGGUUUGCAAGGCCAGCCCGGUUUGCCUGGUUUCCCUGGACCAGAAGGACCAGGUGGACCCCGUGGCGAAAAGGGUGAUAGUGGAUUUCCAGGGCCUACAGGACCCAAAGGCAUUCGAGGACCCCCAGGCUUACCAGGUUUUCCAGGAACACCAGGGCUUCCUGGGCUACCAGGUCAGGAUGGACCCCCAGGACUCCAAGGUAUCCCAGGAUGCAAUGGAACAAAGGGAGAACGUGGCCCUCCAGGCAGUGCAGGUUACCCUGGUUUGCCCGGUCCCCCCGGUCCCCCUGGUUUUCCAGGAAUGAAAGGUGAGCCAGGUGACAUUAUCACCUCUCCCCUCCCUGGACAGAAAGGUGACCCAGGAUUUCCAGGUCCACCCGGAAUACCAGGCUCUCCAGGUCCCCCUGGUAUAGAAGGUCCAAUUGGUCCUCCCGGACCCCCAGGUUUGACGGGUCCUCCUGGUCACCCAGGACUACCAGGUCCUAAGGGCAAUAUGGGCUUGAACUUCCAAGGGCCCAAAGGAGAAAAAGGUGAACGGGGACUUCAAGGACCCCCAGGGCCACCAGGACAGAUCGGCGAACAGAAGAGAAUUAAUGAUGUAGAAUUUCAGAAAGGAGAUCAGGGUGUUCCAGGUGACCAAGGCCCCCCAGGGCCUCCAGGGCCCCCAGGGCUUCCUGGCCCUCCUGGUGGCGUAAAAGGUGAAAAAGGUGAGCAAGGAGAACCAGGCAAAAGAGGGAAGCCAGGAAAAGAUGGGGAACCUGGAUUGCCAGGUUUGAGUGGUUUUCCCGGUGAACCUGGUACGUCUGGCUUGCCAGGAAGAGAUGGAGAAAAAGGUCAAAAAGGAGAAGCUGGUUUGCCUGGACCACCUGGACGUGUGAUUCCAAGGCCAGGCCCUGGUACAACUGUCGGACCAAAAGGGAGCAAAGGUUUAGCAGGAUAUCCCGGAGAGAAAGGAGAUCGUGGUUAUCCUGGCCCCCAGGGCCCUCCUGGUUUUCCAGGCCCCCCAGGAAUUCCAAGCAUAGGUCCUUCUGGUGCCCCUGGGCUACCUGGUGAAAGAGGACAGAAAGGGGAUCAGGGCUUUCCUGGGAUCUCUCUACAAGGGAAGCCAGGAAUUGAUGGACGACCAGGAUCCCCUGGACCACCAGGGCCACCAGGGCCACCAGGAUCAACUGUUCCACCUGUUGAUUGGCUUUGUGAACGAGGACCUCCUGGCUCUCAAGGGCCUCCAGGAGAGCAAGGAUUUUCAGGGGAAAGAGGCCAGAAAGGCGACAAAGGAGAGACGUGUUUUAACUGCAUCGGAAGUGGCAUUCCGGGCCCUCCAGGAGAAAAAGGCUUCCCUGGGCUCCCUGGCAAUCCCGGGCCUCCCGGUCUUGUUGGGCCAAAAGGUGACAAAGGCGUUUCUGGCAUAAUUGGACUUACUGGGCCUCAAGGUCUUCCUGGACCUUCAGGCUCUCCCGGACGUCCUGGUGCAAAAGGUGAUCCAGGUGAUAUGCUUGGUUUCCCUGGAAUGAAAGGUGAAAAAGGAAGUCCAGGUUUCCCAGGUCAACCAGGGCUGCCAGGGUUAGAUGGUUCUCCUGGGAAAGACGGAUUCCCGGGUCUUCCUGGACCCAAGGGGGAGCCAGGUAGCAUUGCUUUCAAAGGAGAUCGGGGGCUUCCUGGGGAUCCAGGUCUUCCUGGACUUGCUGGAGAGCGAGGACCUCCAGGGCCUCCUGGAUUUGGACCACAAGGACCUUCAGGAGAGAAGGGGCUUCAAGGUGUUCCUGGACGUCCAGGUUCCCCAGGAGCUCCAGGGCCCAAAGGCGAACCUGCCCAAUCUGUUCCUGAAAAAGGACCUCCAGGACCGCCCGGCGCCCCAGGCAGAAAUGGGGAAGUUGGUCUUCCAGGAGAACCUGGUCAGCUUGGGCCACCCGGUUUGCCAGGAAUCCCCGGUCAAAAAGGUGAACCUGGCUUCCCUGGCAUUGGACUUCCAGGCCCACCGGGGCCCAAAGGUUUGCCUGGGUUAUCAGGUGCUCCUGGACUUCCAGGAAACCCUGGAAUAACAGGUGCUGAUGGAGCUCCUGGAGAGCCUGGGGAGAAAGGACAAAAGGGAGAUCCAGGACUUGGUCUUCCAGGACCUGCAGGGCCACCUGGUCCACCAGGUUUUAAAGGAGCACAAGGUCCCAAAGGCACUCCUGGCUUCCCAGGAAACCCUGGCAUUCCAGGACGUGCAGGUUUUGAUGGAACUCCUGGACCUAAAGGUGAUCCAGGACUGCGUGGCCAGCCUGGGCUAGUUGGACCUCCAGGGAUUCCAGGAACUGGUGGUCAGGGACCACCUGGCCCACCAGGUCCUCCAGGGCCAGCGGGACCACCAGGCCGAUCAGGAUUGAAGGGCACCCCUGGUGAGAAAGGAGAUCCUGGUCAACCAGGAUAUGAUGCUCCUGGUCCUCCAGGUGAAAGAGGCAACUCAGGAUUUCCCGGGCCACCUGGUCUUCCAGGUGCACCAGGUUCCCCCGGUUCCCCAGGACGAGAUGGAAUUCCAGGAGUACCAGGAAGCAAAGGCGAUAUGGGAGUAAUGGGUGCACCUGGUCCCCAAGGUGGUCCUGGAUCUCCUGGCAGAAAUGGCUUCCCUGGCCCUAAAGGCAAUGAUGGUUUACCAGGACAACCAGGUCAAUCCGGAUCUGCCGGACAAAAAGGCAGCAAAGGAGAACCUGGCUUGCCAGGAGCUCCCGGAAAAAUUGAUACUGACCGACUGGGUUCCAAAGGAGAAAAGGGGGAACCUGGAGAGAAAGGUAAUCCUGGUCCAGCUGGGCAGAAGGGUUAUCCAGGUCUCCCAGGUGACGCAGGGCUCCCAGGAUUAGUUGGACAGCCAGGUGCACCUGGAUUGCCAGGUCUCAAAGGAGACACUGGAAUUCCUGGACACCCCGGACCAGCUGGGCCUCCAGGACAAAAAGGUGCCAGUGGCGAGAUGGGACUGCCAGGUCCCUCAGGUGGAAAAGGUUCACCGGGCAUCCCAGGGCGUCCUGGCCAACCUGGUUCUCCUGGAUUGCCUGGACUAAAGGGAGAGAAGGGUGAUCCAGCCCUUUCAGGCAUUGGCAUUCCAGGUCCCCCUGGUCCCAAGGGUGAAAGUGGAUUGCCUGGGUAUCCUGGUCCUCCAGGCACUAAAGGAUCUCCUGGAAAUUCCGGACUGCCUGGUCCACCAGGUGUUCCAGGAGCAAAUGGUGAACCUGGCCUUCCUGGGUUCCCAGGGACACCAGGCAUUCCAGGACCAAAAGGUCUUGAUGGAUCUCCAGGAAGCCCAGGUGUUCCAGGGCCACCUGGUCCUCCAGGUGAUCUUGGUCACCCUGGCUCUCCAGGACCUUCAGGGGAAAAAGGACAGCCCGGGCGAGAUGGUAUCCCUGGACCAGCAGGACAGAAAGGUGAACCAGGUCAACCAGGAUUUGGACUUCCCGGACCUCGAGGCCUCCCAGGACUCUCAGGUCAAAAAGGUGAUUCGGGCUUCCCUGGACCCCCAGGAAGUCCAGGACCCCCUGGUCUGAAGGGAGAAAUGGGCACCAAAGGAUUUCCUGGUGUCCAGGGCCCAGUGGGUCCUCCAGGACAUCCUGGGCCACCAUCAGAAGGACCCAAGGGUAGCCCUGGGCCACCAGGCAUACCAGGACGGCCAGGUGCCACAGGUUAGCUCAUUAACUCUAGAGUA